AUGUAUGGGGGAUACCAACGGGUGCCAUCCGGCAUUGACGGCCCGGAUGUCGUCCUGCCAGGCUCGCCAGGACCAAGCAGCCCCGCCUCCGAGUCAUCAUUUAAUGAAAAGCAGCCAACAGCCGAUAUUUUUCAGCAGUCUUUCGCUGAUGUUUCAGUAAAGCUACGAGCAUACGGCAGGUCUCGCGGACGAUGGCUGUACGACAUAUCACGUUGCGUGGGCGGAACCGCCCUUGCUCCAGUCCUCCCCAGCUUCCUUCGCCCACGAGCAACAAGUGAGGGUGGCGCUGUCAGCUCAGGAUCCGCAUCGAACGUCAACAGCAUCUCCACUUUGGACGGGGUGAGGGGAUACGCCUGCUUUUUCGUCUUCAACUUCCACUUUCUCUUCAUGUACACGUCGACCGUGAAUCAUGGAUAUGGCUCGGACCCGUCGCAGCUCUGGAUACAUCAGCUGCCGAUUAUCAAAAUUCUCUACUGCGGACGGGCUAUGGUGAGCGUCUUUUUCGUGCUCUCGGGUUACGUUCUCUCUCGAAAGCCCCUGAUGGCCUUACGGUCGCAGUCGUACGACUCAAUGCUGCAGACUCUCUCAUCAUCCAUCUUCCGCCGCGGCAUCAGGCUCUUCCUUCCUACCCUAAUCAGCACCUUUAUCAUCCUACUGAUUGUCCGAACCGGCUGGUUUCAAAGAGGAAGAGAGGUUGGGGAGGACGGGGUGACGUUGGCCUUCUUCGAACACCACGUGGUCACUUAUGACACAUGGCAGGAACAAGCGUGGGACUAUUUCAAUUUCAUACGCAACUACAUCGACUUCACCAACUGGGGAGAGUGGUACAAUCUGUACGACCCACACGUUUGGACGAUCCCGCUCGAAUAUCGCGCCAGCAUGGUUCUCUUCCUGAACCUCAUCUGCCUGUCUCGCGCGCGCACCGCCUGGCGCCUCGCAUUUACGGUGUCUUUCAUAAUCUUCUGCGCCCGCUGGGCCCGCUUCGAGGUCGUGUUAUUUCUGUCCGGCUCCCUGCUGGCCGAGCUCGACCUCAUCACAAACACCUGGGGCACGCCAGCGCAUCGUCAGCCCUCCUUCCUUCCCGUCACAACGAACCCGAUCACCCCACCCCUACCAGCCAUCGCGCCCAUCAGCGAAAAGGCCCCGGCAGCAUGGUCCUCCUCCUCCUCCUCAUCCCCCGUCCACAGCGGCCCCCUCACCUUCUUCCACCUCUCCAUAUUCACACUCGCCCUCUACCUCCUCUCCUACCCGGACGACUUCGCCAACGUCACGCCGGGCUACGUCCUGCUCUCGGAGUACAUGCCCGACGCGUACCGCCCCAGCUGCCCCUACCGCUUCUGGCAGUCCGUCGGCGCCGUGCUCGCCCUCUACGCCGUCUGCAACUGCCGGCCGCUGCGCCGCCCGUUCCAGACGCCGCUGGCGCAGUACCUCGGCAGCAUCAGCUACGCCUUCUACCUCGUCCACGGGCCCGUGCUGCACAGCGUCGGCCUCGUGCUCAUGCGCGCCAUCUUCAAGCGCGCCGGCCGGUACAACGUCGUCCUGGAGCAGGUGCCGGACGGUUUGCCUGAGGGGUUCGCGGAGGGGACCACGGAAGGGUUGCCCGAGGGGUGGCCGAUGAAGGUGUUGGUGAAGAUGACGGAUAGUGGGCAGCUGGGGAACAUGGGCUUCGUGGGAUGCUUGUUCGUGGGCUAUGUGGUGUUGCUGACGAUGAGUGUGUGGUUGGCUGAUUUGUUCUGGCGGGCAGUUGAUAUUCCCGUGGUGAAGCUGGCACGCGCGUUGGAGAAUAAGGUGAGGAAGAGAGAUUGA